AUCUCAAAUCUCGUCUAAUGGCUCCGCUUUUGGUUCUCGAAGGAGAGAAACUACAAAAGCUUGCGAGACUAGUUCGCAACCAAGAGAUUGAGUCAGUACACAACAUCGUGUUCAAAUCCGAAGAGGACCUCGCGAAAUAUGAGAGGGACGUGAGCGAGAAUUACAAUAAAGCGAUAAAGCUUCUCGACGAUGCCGAUGCCAUGAUGGUGGAUUUCCAAAACGACGAAACUCGAUCUUCGAUCGCUCACGACGUGUAUUCUUAUGUCCAAAAGGCCGUGAACAGUUCUCUUCAGGCCGUGAGGAACUACACACUGAGAAAGAGCUAUUUGGAGAAGAUCAGUGACCACUCGAAGGAGCUUUUUGAAGCUCUGGCAAAUCUUGACCCAACGGAUAUCCCUGAGGUGGGCCGUUUGGCGGAGGAGGCUGCCCAAUACAAUAAGGCUUUGGAGGAGUUCUUAGCCAAGCAUCAGAGCAAAGCUUCCAUCAACUUCUCCCAAUUGCUCAAGCAAGAGGGAACCACUUUUGAGGAGCUUGUCAAUAGGUACAAAAAUAAGCGUGGUUUACCUGGGCUGUUCGAGGAUUUGGAGGAUGAAGAAAAGUUGGCGGUAUACAAUGACAUCAUCGAAGCCUCCGGGCGGGGACGGGUGAUAGAGAUCAAAGAAAUCGCCACCACUGCAGCAGGCGUUGCUGUGCUCAUCCUUGCUGCGGGAGUAAUGAUAUGGGACAUCUUUACAUCGGCGCACCCCCUAGAAACGGCAACGAGGGAUGCGAUGAUGAACGUCGCAUCGAUCGGUGGGGCAUUGGUCGGGGAAGUCGUGGAAGCCGCCUUGCCAUCCUUGCUUGGCAUAGAAGCUUCUUCCUUGUUUGUGAUGGCGACUGCAAUUGUAACCAGUUUUGUGGGAGCCUUUGUGAUUGGAGAAUUUGUUGGUUGGCUCAUAGAUAUUAUCUUUAGCUCUGGGGGCACUUAUCCCCACAGCACUGAUGGCCACAUUUGCUAUGUAGCGCCCUUGCCUGAUGGUGAGGCACUCGCUCGUCAAAUUUCUCAUCAGUAGCUUCAAACUUAGCCUUAUUUUUGCAACCCUAUGGAUCUAGAAAACAAAUCUACUCGUAUUAAUUUAGUUACGAAACUAUAUAUCUUCCUUUGAAAUCUUUUUCGAUUUGGCUAUUUUCUUAAUAUUCAUGGAAUUCUAUCUCAAAAUCAAUUAGUAAUGAUAAGAGUAUAUAACUCGUGUAUCUGAUAAACCUUUGUUAUGUCUCUUAUCCUUUUGAGGUCACGAAUAUUAGGGAUUCCAAUUUUUGAUCA